UGGUCCCCACUGGCGCUGCUCUUGGCGCAUCUGCUCUCCUCUGCUGACUCCGCCCUGCAUCUGUCCAAAUCAGCCUCGCGUCAGAGCUGACCACACCGGCGCGGCUGCCUGUCAGUCCCUCCGGACCUGCGGAGAUAGCCUCAGGCUGCAGAAACCACCGCGCCUCACCCGCCUCAGCCUCAAGAGUGAUCUGAGUCUGCUUUUAGCUUCCCUUCGCCUGCCUUGGCUUGUUUCUGUUCAAGAACAGCUGUUUGGCCUAUAGAUUAGAAAAAAAGGGGGGCCCUCCCUACUCUGUCCCAAGAGAUCAUCUAAGUGUUCAGAGAUGGGGAGUGGGGAGCCUAAUACUGCUGGCAAGAAAAAGAAGUACCUCAAGGCUGCCCUGUAUGUAGGUGACUUGGAUCCUGAUGUCACAGAGGACAUGCUCUAUAAGAAGUUCAGACCUGCUGGCCCACUGCGCUUCACUAGAAUCUGCCGUGACCCAGUGACCCGCAGCCCCCUGGGUUAUGGUUAUGUUAACUUCCGCUUUCCUGCAGAUGCUGAAUGGGCGUUGAACACCAUGAAUUUUGAUUUAAUUAAUGGUAAACCAUUUCGCCUCAUGUGGUCACAGCCAGAUGACCACUUAAGAAAGUCUGGAGUUGGAAAUAUAUUCAUCAAAAACUUGGAUAAAUCCAUAGACAAUAGGGCCCUAUUUUAUUUAUUUUCUGCUUUCGGGAACAUUCUUUCCUGUAAAGUCGUAUGUGAUGACAAUGGCUCUAAGGGUUAUGCUUAUGUUCACUUCGAUAGCCUUGCUGCUGCCAAUAGGGCUAUCUGGCACAUGAAUGGAGUCCGGCUCAAUAACCGCCAGGUAUAUGUUGGCCGAUUCAAAUUUCCUGAAGAGAGAGCAGCAGAAGUCAGAACCAGAGAUAGAGCGACAUUUACCAAUGUUUUUGUGAAAAACUUUGGUGAUGACAUAGAUGAUGAAAAACUAAAGAAACUUUUCAGUGAAUAUGGGCCAACUGAGAGUGUUAAAGUAAUAAGAGACGCCACUGGGAAAUCUAAAGGCUUCGGAUUUGUAAGAUAUGAAACACAUGAAGCUGCCCAAAAGGCUGUGCUAGAACUACAUGGCAAGUCAAUAGAUGGAAAAGUCCUAUGUGUAGGGAGAGCACAGAAGAAAAUUGAACGCCUGGCUGAAUUAAGGCGGAGAUUUGAACGGCUGAAACUAAAAGAUAAAACUAGGCCUCCAGGAGUGCCUAUCUACAUUAAGAACUUAGAUGAGACAAUCAAUGAUGAGAAACUAAAGGAGGAAUUCUCUUUAUUUGGAUCAAUAAGUCGGGCCAAAGUGAUGAUGGAAGUGGGGCAAGGCAAAGGUUUUGGUGUUGUCUGCUUUUCUUCUUUUGAAGAAGCUUCCAAAGCAGUGAAUGAGAUGAAUGGUCGUGUAGUAGGCUCCAAGACAUUGCAUGUCACUCUGGGGCAAGCCAGGCACAGGUGGUGAGGAUUACUGUGAUCAAUUUGUUUAGCCUUAGCUGGUGCUUACUUAGCUUGGGCUCCUUUGUGAUAGGGGUUAUUCUCUGCUAAUUCAUAUGUUUGUUUUCUUUCCUUUUAAUUAUUUAUUUUUUGUGAAUACUUUUUUUUGGAAAGAAAUUAUACAUAGAAAAUCUUGUUCAUUUUGGUGAAGAACAUGAUAUUUAAAUGUAAAAAUGCCUUUUGUACAAUUUUUAUAAGAUCUCUAUCCUUUGGAAUGUGUAAAAUAAAGUUUAUCUUUAUUUUUUUCUAAAUAGCCUAAAUGAGGCAAAUGAUUAUAUUUCCUUUAUUUUCAUAACAUUAAUUUAAUUUCCUCUGUGGAAAUACUCUUAGCACGGUCCUUAUUUCUGAUUCUGGCACAGUGGAAAAUCAAUAAUUGCUUUUUUUGAGAAAUCAUUGGAGAAAGAGUGAUUAAAUAUGACCCACUUAAAAUUGCUCCAUAAUUUCAUUUUAUUAUGAUUUAAAUUGAAUAUUUCUUAAAAAUAUGUAAGGCAUUUUCCUUCAUUCUUUGUAUCAGUUUUUCUUGUAUCCAGUGCAAGCACAUACUAUAGAUUUGUUAGCAGUUUUGACCAAGUAUUGGGAUUUAUCUUUAUUAAUGUCAUGGUAUUAAUUUUCAAUAAGUGCUUUUAAAAAUCUACUGCAUUGAUAAAUAGUUAUUUAAAAUGUGAGGAUAUCUUUAAAAAUAUUUUCCAAGAGAUUUUGUAUUUGAAGAUAUUCUAAGGUCAUUCUUAACUCUUACUUUUGAAAUAUACAUAAUGCAUACCUACAGGUAGACUAUAUUAAAUUAACAGAAAUAUUUAUUAAUGUACUAGUUUACUUUUAUACUUAAACAUCUUAUACACUGCUGUUAUAAACUAAGACAUGUUGUUUCUUGUCAUCCUUGAAUAUAUUCAUUGGCAAAACACUGACAGGUGUUUUAUUAAGGAACAUUUUCUUUUCCUUAAUUAGGUCAUCGCUUAUAUCAGAAUCAUCAACUCCAUAUAAUUAUUACUAAUUCAGAAUACUUAAAAGAAAAUAUACUGCUUCACGAAUUAAAGAAAAAAAUGUUCUGAAGCUACUUCCUGCAUCAUGAAACUUGUAACACUACAAAUUCUCCACUUUUCACAUAUGGAAAUCUGCCUUCACUUUCAGUUUAAAUCCAUGUAACACUUAACAGCAGUACAAAUAUUAUUGACAAUUAGAAAAGUAAUCACGUUUUUUGAAACUUGAAUUAACUUACUUAGAAUAUAUGUUUUACUCAUAAAACAGAACCCAUCACAAGAACAGGUUUGGAAUCUCUUAUCAGUUGAUUUUUUUAUUGCUUUAAAAAUGAAUCAUCAUUUUUAUAAAUUAUAUAAAGUAAUCAUAUAAAUCUGUUAGCUCUUUCAACAUAAAAUGGAAAUAAGAUAUUUCUAUGUAAUGAUAGUCAAUUAUGAAUAUACACAUAGUCAAGUAUUUUCAAAAAGAAUAUCACUGAUUAAUUGAUUAUGAAUAUAAUAUAAUCAUGAUCAUAAAAUCUGUAAACAUUAUAGAAAAAAAUUCUUAAUUUUAGUGUGUAUAUCCUUUCAUAUCUUUUUCUUACAUUUAUAUCCAUUUUUAUAAAAAUACAAUAUGUAUUAUUUCAUAUUUUUAUUUUAAAUUGAACCAUAGUUGCCUUAUUUAUACCAAUAAAUAUGGAUGUUGAUGAAUACCAUAAUUUUAGGAACUUCAUAAUUUUCCUUAAUAUGGAUUUAUUAUAUUAAAUAAGAUUUUCAUUCAAUUAUUUUUUAAUUUAUAAACUAUACUGUAUUGAGCAUCUUUUUUCUGGAAACACUGUCAGUUACUAGUUUAACAGAGACUUCUGUUAUGUGUUAGAGCUUAAAUAUGCUAGAGAAUUAAAACACACAAUAUAUAGUUCACCAAAUUUGGAACACUUUCAAAAUCUAUUCUACAUCUAUGAAAACAAAAA